CCCCCCCCCCCCCCUGCCCCCUCUCCCAUUCCCCUCCGACUCUCUCCCUCUCUCCCCCUCCCCCUCCCCCUUCACAUUUCGUGGUCGCAGCAGCUCGCACCAGCCCCACCAGCGGCACUCAUGUCGCUGCCCUCGCACCUCUCCGGUUCUCCGUACGGCGACCAGGGCCAGGGCCAUGGUGCCGGCCCGGUUGUUCCCCACCCCGCCGCCCCACACCUUCCCCAGUCCCGCUACCAUGCCAACCAGGCACCGGCGCUGGCGCCGGCCCCGCAAUACCUCCCGCAGUACCCUGGCCUCGGUGGAACGGCCCCCCCAUCGCCGAUGAUGGUGAAUGCGCCGGCCCUCGGUGCCGGAGCAUCUCCCACCGGUUCUGCCGCUGCCUUCAGUAGUCCCUUCAUGCCGGAUGGCAUGGUCGGCUCGCCCGGUCCCAAUAGUGCCGGCUCCGGCAGUGCCACCGGCAGCACCAGCAGCCUCGGCCGGUCAGCCGGAUCGACCAGCGGCCGUGGGACCUUGACCGAGGAUCUGGCAGCCCUGGGUCUGGGCUAUGGAGCUGGCGGCGGGCAGCCGACCGAUUCCCCCACGCGCGAGCACUGGGUCCCGGACCAGGAGGCCCUGGUGUGCGGCGAUGGCCGGGUCAUUGGCGGCUGCGGGCGGACCUUCGGCCUGCUGCGGGAUCGGCGCCAUCAUUGCCGACGUUGUGGCGGGGUCUAUUGCAGUUCCUGUGCGCGGUUCCGCAUUGUCCUCGAUGCACAGGCCACCUUCGUGGCGGUCGAUCGGCGCCUCAUCGGCUCGCGCUCGGUGCCCACUGUUCGAUCCUGCCAGCCCUGCUAUCUGGACUUCUACCGGUAUAUCGAUGCGGCCGAGAUGCUGGCCGCCCAGGCCGGCGACGCGCAAUUCCUGACCAAGAGCGCCAGCUCGCUACUUUACUCGGACCCGGAUCUGGUGAGCCAGUCGAGCGAGUCCUCCAGCUUCGACGCCAGCUCUGGGGCAUUCCCUUCACAGCUUCCCGGUGCCGGUGCCGGGGCCGGCCGGUCCCUGUCCACCUCUUCGGCGGCGUCAGCCGAGGCGGCCAUCGCCACUGCCGGCCAGUUGGCGCCAGUUCCCCUUCCUCCGAUGUCCCAGCACUCGGAGGCGGCCGCCGGCGGGGCCCCCUCCCCUGCCCCCACGCCCACCGGCUCGCCGGUCCCCUUCGUGUCGACCGACCCCACCGGCGAGCAGCGCUUCUGCCUGAGCUCGAAUCCCUGCUCGCCCGACUGGCCUUGCAAGGCCCACCGCGCGGAUUACCCCUGCACCGCGGAGAACCCCUGUUCCUUCAGCUUCCCAUGUGCCAUCUCGCCGAAGUGCUCCGGGGCCGAUCCGCGCGGCUUCCGCCCCCGGCGCUCGACCACGGACGUCCUCCGGUCGCUGGAGAGUUCCGAAGCUUGGUCCACGUUCUGAUCCUCCCCCCCGCGCGCCAGCCUGCGGCGCAGGCCCAGGACCGAUGCAUGCGUGAGCACGGGGACGAUGCACAGGCUGCACGUCGCCGCCCCUCGCGACUCUCCGUCCUUCCCAUGAUCCCCCUUCCACCGUUCCCUCUUUUCCCUGCGUUUGGGGCUUCUCUCGCUCGCUCCUCAUGGACACACAUACCGCCAGUUCAUCGCGGCCCUGUCCCCCCCCCCCCUCCUCCCCCC